GCUGUCGAAAGAAAUAUUUUACAAAUCUCCAUUCAAGUAGGUACUUUUCAAAAUGAACAGACUUGAUAAAACGAGGACUAUUAAUGUAUACAAAGUAGUCGAAGAUAUUACAAUUUCAGUGUUUCAGUAUGAAUUUAGUUCUAUCACCAAAGAACUUAUAUCGAAAAAACGAGUUCCUUCUUUAGUAGGAACGUUUGAUCCGAACGCGUUGGAUACUCCAAAAGAUGGAUCUAAAUUGUCUUUUCGAUGCUUCGAUAAAGACGAAAGUGUAACUAAGUGGAGCAAGGUGAAGGAGUCGAGUGAAGCUGUGAUGUAUGUAAAUUCAGCCUUAAAUAUUCCUACUAUGAUAAGAUGUCAAAAUUGCGAGGUGAUUUUUCCGACUAAAUACCAGUAUCAAAGACACCAAUGCCAAUUCAACGCAGAAAAAGUAGUGCUAAAAUCCGAGGGUAAGGAAGUUUACAUCGAAAAUAGAGUUACGUAUAUAUGUGAAAUUUGCAAUAAAGAGUUUGUGAGUGAAAGUAAUUUGCAACGUCAUCAGUUGAGCCAUAAAAAUGCGCAAGAAAACGUCUGUGAGCAUUGCAAUAAACAAUUUAUCAGUGACAAUCGUCUCAGGAUUCAUCGAGAGAACCAUUGCAAGAAAUCAGGUGAUAUUUCAAAAUUUUACCGUAGUGACAUAUCAGUAUGGAAAUGUAACAAAUGUCAGCAGGUAUUUUCGUCAUCUUUAGCUGCUAAUUACCAUUCUUCUUCUUGCACCGAAGCAGUGAAACCAAACCAUGAAAAUAAUCAAUCAACGGAUACUGCCGAUCCUGCAGAAAGUACGCCAAACGCGGACAUAGAAAAGGUACUAACAGAAAUCCUUCUGCAAUGUGAGUUUUGCAACAGAAUCUACACCGAUAAAAACAUAUUGUUAAUGCACCAAAACAUGCACACAACUGACAAAAAUUACGAAUGUGUCAAAUGCUCGAAAGUUUUUGAAUCAUACGUCCUUGCUGUUCAACAUUGGAUGAAGAAAUGUUCGGAUUACAUGAGUCCGUUUUAUCUACCAAAGUUGGUGUACUGUGAGUUUUGCGACAGGACGUUUAAAUCGCACGAAUUACUGUACACGCACAAAGUCAAAAGGAAGCAUUAUACAAUGAAGAUACAAACAACAAACCCUGAUGAAAGUAGCAAAGAGCAGGUUACCCAUCUGACUGUGAGCAAUUUAGAAACGAACACCGAUAAGCAAAUACUAGAUAAGCUGGUUGAAGAUGUUUUCAAAACUUUAAAUGUACCUUCGAACACAAUCAACGGACAAAUGGAGGCAAAUAAAGAAAACAUCGAUGGCGAUACUCCAGUGAAUGUAGGUGAGAAAAAGAAACGUGGAAGAAAAAAGAAAUCGGCGCAAGAUUCUUGUAUCAGGUCGAAAAAAAUCAUGGCGGCGGUUGACGAUAGGCUUAAAUAUCAAUGCGAAAGAUGUGUCCACGUGUUUGAUACUGUUGUUGAUCUGGAGGAGCAUCGUCGAACGGAGCAUACUUCGAAUUUCACUUGUGACAUCUGUGGUCAGGUUCUCCACAGUGCUAAAGACAUGGUAAUCCAUAGUCGUACGCAUCAGAAAUUAAAGCCGUACGUUUGCGAAACCUGCGGAAGAAGUUACUCGCAAACUUCCCAUCUUUGGCAACACAUGCGAUUCCAUCAAGGUAUAAAGCCUUUCGCUUGCCCUCAUGAAGGUUGUGAAGCCAGAUACACCAUCAGACCUGAUUUGAAGGACCACAUAAGGAAAGCUCAUACACGUGAAAGACCCUUCAAAUGUAACGUUUGCAACAAAUGUUUUUUGACGGGCUCCGUUUACUAUCAACAUAGGUUGAUACAUACCAACGACAGGAGAUAUGUUUGUGACAUAUGCGACAAACGUUUCUUUAGAGCAGACGCCUUGAACAACCAUCGAAGAAUCCACACCGACGAGCGUCCAUAUCCUUGUCAAGUUUGCGGAAGGAAAUUUAGACAGAAAGGAGAUAGAAAUAAGCAUCUUAGAACUCAACAUUUAGAUACACUUGUAGUUUAGUUUGUAACACAACUUUCUCCUGUUUAAUUUAAUUUGUGGUAGCCAAAACACCAUAAUAAACAUGUUGGCGAUGA